GUGAAGUAUGAUUCAUAUUCGAUGUCUCAACUGAUGGAACAUCCGUUAAAAGAUAGGUGCAUCAGCGGAUGUCUCAGAUUUCCAUAAAAACACCGUCUAGUUCAAAUUCACUGUCUGUGUAAUCUUCAAAAUCUUGUCCAAAAUUUACGGAAACAUGACCAUGGACGGUCUAAAGGUCACUAGGGGUCAAUCAGACGGGUCAACCAAAAUGGCGGAGACGGAUUGGGACAACAAAUACUGCCCGAUUUCAGUGAGAAAAUUCGUGCGCUUAGACACCCCAACCAAAAUUGGCGCUGGGACGGUGUUCCCCGCGGCCCGGAGCGGACACCGGUGUGUGGCGGACAACGGCAGUUUGUAUGUGUACGGCGGGUAUAAUCCCGACUUCGAGGAGAACAAUGGCACUGUCAAUAUGUACUAUCCAUUGUUUCGAGAACUCUGGAGGUAUAGUUUUUCCUCAAACGCAUGGACUAAAAUGUCAACAGGAGGAAAUUUCCCAACGGAGUUAGCCUCAAUGUCCGUGCUCCUUCAUGGUAAGAAUCUGGUGGUGUUCGGUGGGACAGGGGUGCCGUUUGGCGACACCAACAGUAACCGUAUCAGUGUGUGCAAUCUGGAGAGGAAGGAGUGGUGUGAGGUCAGCACAUCAGGAGAACUACCUCAAGCCAUAUAUGGGCAGGCUAUGGUGACGUGUAGCGGUUUCCUGUACGUGUUUGGAGGGACGACAGGUUUCGAGUACAACUCUGACCUGCACAGGUUACACCUGAAGGACUGUGUGUGGGAGAAACUAGAGGCACACAAGCCACCAUCAGGAAGAUACCGACAUGAAGUAGCGUAUGAUGACAAUAGAUUGUACGUGUUGGGAGGGGGAACCUCUUGGGUCUGCUACUCAUUCGACCAGAUCCCGGCUUAUAAUUUCUCGACCCGUGACUGGGAGGAGAUGCCGUGCAGACCGUCCGCACGCCCCAGGGAGAGACCACAGGACAACGCAGCUGGCUAUCCAUCUGCGAGAAGAUGCCACAGCUGUGUCCAGUAUAAAAAUGCCGUGUACAUCUGCGGAGGCUACAACGGCUGGCAGAUAUUUGAUGACAUCUGGAAGCUGGCGCUGGACACCAUGCAGUGGACAAAACUACCAGCCACCAUGCCUGAACCUGCGUAUUUUCAUGCUGCUGCCAUCACGCCGGCUGGCUGUAUGUAUGUUCACGGCGGCGUGGUCAGCAUCGAGGAAAACCGGCGGACGUCGUCCCUGUACAGAAUCUGGCUGGUCCUGCCCAGUCUACUGGAGCUGACCUGGCAACGGGUCAACGACCUCAUCCCUAACCUCCACAAGAUGUCCCAGGAUUCCCUGCACUCUAUAGGACUGCCUCCUCAGCUCAUGGACAGGCUGAAACAAUAGCGCUAGACUGUGUCGUGUGAAAACAAGUUUUAGUUUCAUCAUCUCAUGUCAUUAAGUGUUGUCAGUUCAUUCUAGAGCAUGUGUGCAAAUGUAGAUAUUAAUCACCUGUCAACAGUUAUGAAAUGUUAGUAAAGUAACUCAUAUAGUGACAAAUUAAAGUCAAACGUGUAAAAAAGUACCUGCAUGUCCAUGGCUGCUGUUUAUGGUGUAUAUUAUAGAGGACUCUGCAUUGAAUUGCUCAUUGCCUUCAGGUAUAUCUUUAUCAUAGUGUUAUGAUCUUGAUAACAAAAGGGAAUAAGCAGAAGAUAUUCAACUUGAAAUCAAAGUCUUGCUUCUUGAGUUCUGGAGCUUUUGCUCGAAAUACUACUUGAUCCAACAAACUGCAGAUAUAUGCUGUACUAUACCCUCUAUCUUGUAGAGAUGUACAUGUGUCAGGGAGCAAAUUCUGCUGGAUGGGUAGAGAUCCCAGUCAGACUAAUCUUUUAAAGAUAUUCAGUUAAAAGACAGUCAGAACAUUUCAACUUUGAUUCAUGUCACUUUAGAUUAAGGGAUUGAAUGAAAGAUUUAGCCUUUAUUUGAUGAGGAUUCGCCAAUUCUACCAGAUCACAGUCUAUACCCAGGUACAUGCUUUCCUAUACAUACAUGUGUAACAUUAAGCUAUGUUGAUGCCACUUGGACUUGCCACAAAGUUCUGUUUACAUUGAGCAUCUGGUUACUUCAGGGUGAUAAAGUUGUCUCUGGUCUGUGCUGGUCACAUAGUGGAAAACAAGAAAUCAAAGAUCUCACAUCUUCAGGAAAUAUUUUUAUUAUGUCAUACACUGUCAUACACUAUUAUCACACUGAUUUAGAAAAUGCAUUUUUCUGCUGGCUGUCAUAUGGGAACAGUCAUGCAUAUAGCUGGAAAGUGAAGACAGGAAAUGAGAUAACCUAUUCUUGGACCUUCGACCUAACUUCCUCCAAGUGUCCCCAUGUGCCAAGCACAUGAUAACCAGCUGAAGGCUUUAAGACACAUAUAGAGACACGCCCCAAACAAACCAUACAUGGUGGUAAUAACAUUGACAGUGAUGUUUUUUUAAGAAAGGAUAGAGUGAGGUUUUUUUUACAUCACCUUUGAUGCCAGCAGCACUUACACUAGUGGUAAAAAGUUGCUGGUCACCAAGUUGAACUUGACAGGCUUACAUAAGGAGACACAAUGAGACAAUAGUCUAGAGAUGAUUCAUUACAUUUUCAUUGUAAAUAAGCUCUCUAUCAGUCAUCUCAAUCCAUGCUACAAUAGACAGCACAAUCAAUACUGUAUAUCUACUUUAUUUUGUGUUGUUCAGUUCGUAUACCUAUUUUGUUUUGUGUUGUUCAGUGCAGUUUUGUGUUGUAGUUGAAAGAAAGAAACCAAACCAAACUGAUGAUUAUUUACAAAGCAGUUCACAGCUAUGAAAGUACUGCAUGCAUCAGUUUGUUACAAUGAGUGCACACAUUGGUCUACAUUUCUUAAAUCAAACAUUUAUGAUUAGAGUGCUAAAUGUUAUCACUGAGCUGGAAGUACUGAAAGUCUUGAAAUGUUAACGGUCAUUUUAUUCUUUGUUGACAUCACAGCAAAUUCAUGACAGCAAAUAUGCAUUUCCAAUAUGUUUAACUUACUAUAUUACAGAAUUGUUUCAACAGCAAACUUAUAAUGGGGCAAAAGCCUACUGGAAAAAAAAUAAGUCCCUCAAGAAAUUGAAUUGACAGUACAUGUAUCCGGAAAUAAUUGUAUUUUCUGCAACCUGCUUGACAAAUGUGAAUGUUGCUAUGCCAUGCCAUUGUCAUGUUUUGCUUAAUCAAUAUGUAAUUUGCCAGAGCUUCUAGGUAGAUUUUGUACCAUUGUAAAAAUCACCUAGUGUCUGGAAGUGAUUGUUAUCAUUUGUUGCAACCUGCUUUCCAAAUGUUGUAAAUAAUGCCAUGCCAUUCUCAUGUUUUGCUUAAUUAUAAUAUGUAAUGUGCCUGAGCUAAUAGUUAAAUUCUUGUACACGUAGUGUGAAAAUGACCUAGUGCUUUAGUUAAUUUGUUUAUCCUGUUUUCGUGUUGCUCACAUUGAAUGAGUAAUCUUUAGGCCUAGCUGUUUACCAAGAGUCAGCUCAUUUUCCUACGCAGAGGGACCACAGUCAUGUCAAAACUACUUGUGGUCACAGACAGUUGGGGACCUGGCGUAGGAGGAUGGAGUCAGCUAUGAUGGCUAGAAACAGGUAGCCUAGCAUGUAGUAUACUGGCUUUGUUGAAUUAUCAAAAUCAUUUGACCUGUUGACCACUAUGUAAUUUCCAAGACUGUAUGAUAAGAGUGACGUUACAAGCUUUUGCUUGUCUGCUGGCUGGCUGUGCUUCUACAUUCGAUUUUAAUUUUGUGACAUAAGACUGAACUGUACAAAGUCAUGCAACAUGUCUUAUAAAUUACUGAAGAAUGACUGAGUGAAAAUUUCAUGAUCAAGUUUAACCAUAUGCUUGCAAGUAGAGAAGGAAACUGAAGAUAGUCAGAUAUGACUAAUAUUCCUUUGCUUUUAAUAUCCCAAAGUUUGGUUUUGAGAUAAAGCUACAUAAAAUGCACUGGAGGAGGAAAAUGGCUAAGAAACUUUGGAGAAGAAAUUUGUAUUUCUGCAAAAUGCUCCAUUGAAUGAAAACACUCUUUAAAUUCAUUUAGUCCAUGUCUUAGGAACCUUUAUGUUUGUCCUUUUGUAUAACAAGAAAAUGUUCAGAGAAUCUUUAACAACCAUAUCAGCUUAUUUAAAUGGCUGUAAUGUGUGGCUUUGGUAGCACAUGUAGUCCAAGUAUUACCCCUCCUGUUUGCGACAGUCACACUCCCUUUCCACUCAAGGCUGCAACUACUGAACAACCACUGAGCAACCAAAGAUUGCAUGAGAUGCAUUAAUUGUUUUUACGUUGUGUGUUUGUUGUCUUUUGAAUCAAAUUUUUGCAUCAUAUUGAAGACUUGAAAUCAAGGUUGGUUACAUGAAUCCAGUUUUGUUUUCUGUACAGUUUGUUCUGUGAUUGCUGUCCAGUGGAAAGUGGGCUUAACUUACUGACCCAAUGUCAAAUUCAAGUCACAGGCCCAGGAGUGUUGUUCUUUUAUCAUUUCUUGUGAGCUUUAUUUGGGGUAACAUCACAAACAGCAAAAACAGUAGCAUGUGGUAGUUAUGACAAAAAGACUUGUACAUACUGAUUUAUGUUCAAGAUAAGACCUGAUCUUAGGGACAUACAUUGUAUUUGAGCAGGAUUUUCAUUUUUCAUCCAGAUGCUUUUCAUGAUUUCAAAGCAGAAUUGAGGAAUCUUCUGUACAUGUACAUUAAGUGUUUAAGUUGAAUUAAUGAUAUGAUGUAUACAGGGACUGAAAAAAAGAAGAUAUGCAGCUAUUUCAUGUUAACAUUUCACUUGCUGUAUGAAACUUUGAAAGUAACAAAAACAUCUGUACCAUUUGAAAUGUUAAGUCAUUAUGGUAUAUUACUUUUUGCCAUUCUUAGGAAUUGG